GAGUGCGCACAAUUUGAAUAAUCUAUAAACAUUCAAUGCAAUGCGGAUAAUUGGCUGGUGUGAGAUUUACUGCGUGCAUUUGCUGUAGAGCCACUAGCCAGUAACUGCCGGCUGCUCAGGGACUGCUGCCGGAUUUGACAGAUGACCACAUGUUAUUUGAGUCACGUUCAGGGUAUGUUACUGACUCGUAAGAGUUGGGCAGACGCAGUGAAAAUUGAAAAAAACAAACAAAACAAAGAAAUUAUAUUAAGACGCGAGGUCUGGCAAUAAUGCUGUCAGCUGGCUGUCAGCUGUUGCUAGACGUCAGUGUAUGGGGACUUUGAUCAGUGUUUGCAAGUAUCAGUGAAAUCCGUCAGUUGCCGAAGAAAAGUUGACGGUGAAAAAUCGCAAUUAAUUUAUAUUGUAUCACAUAAAAAAGAGUACCAUUGAGCUAAUUGACAAGGUGCGAAAUUUUCAAGUUCGGAUGAAACGCAUCAAAUGUUCUCUACUAAUUGAGAGUGAAAAUGAAAUUUACUUGUAAAUUUAAAUUGUGAAGAAUUUUGUAAUAAGAGUUUAAAUGUAUGUAAACUCCUCACCUACAAUAUCAUUGUGUUAACAGUUGCAUUUAAAUUUGCAAGAAAAAUGGAAGAAGCUAGCAAUGUAGAGGCUCAGGGAAGUGGUGAAAAAGCUCUGAUUAAUACCCAGGGAGUAGAGAAGCUUUCCACAGGUCUCCUAGCUUUAUACAAACCAGAAUUGGAACGUGUAAAGAAACAACUUCUGGAGUUUACGAAGAAGCAGGAGGCUUUAUUAGAGCAUUUAGAAGCAGAGAAUAAAAAUUUUCAAGAAGUUAUGGAAACAACAGAACUUCAUGAUGUUAUGGCAACGGUAAAGGCCUGUCAUGGAAAAUUGACUAAUAUAAAGCGAGAAAUGGGAGUGAUCCAUGAGCGCACUGCACGUCUCAAGAAGCGUGCGUUUCGACUGCAACAGGCUAAGCAGCGGGAAGCUUUGACACGAACUCAACAACGUGAGGAAAGACUGUUGCAUGAACAGUCUCUUAUUGCUGAGCCAGUGCGUUCCAGUCCAGCUCUAGGCAGCACUUCAGGUCUUCCUUCUAGCUCAGACAUUUCUUUUGAAGUCUCUACUACCAAUGCUCAUGGACAGCAAUAAUGAUGGCAGCAGUGAGAUGGACGUGAUGCCAAAACAACUGAGCUGCUUUACAUCUCCAUUUUAUUUGCAGAGGACAUUGCCCUCCAAUACAAUCACCUGGAAUAGAAGAGUACAGUUCUUAUGUCGGUAAAGUCAGGAAAAACAUUCUAAGAAAUUUGCUUCCUGAUGUUUGUUUCUCUGGCUCACUAAUGAAUGUAUUGUUCAAAUACAAAUCUAUACAGUGCCUGUGGGAUCUUUUCUUUUGUUUCAUUGGUCAGUGUUUUCACAGACACAAUGAAAAAUUAUAUGUAAGACUUUGCACAAAAAUAGACAUAAAAUCGGAUUUUCGUGUUUGGAGAUUUUUUGUGGACCUAAAAUUGAAGUAAGGUUCAAUGCAUAUUUUUAAAAAGUUCAUGCAUCUGGAUGCAAUAUUAAAAAUGAAACGGUAACUUGAAAAAAAUGCUCCGAGAAAAAACGAUUUAAGAUUUCACUAGUAAUAUUCAUUCGAAAGAAAUCCUUUCAAUGUAAUCUAUUUUGAUAAAAAAGCGAACUGCGUUUUGUGUCCUCCAAAAGGCUUGUCACACGAGCGUUGCGUUGACGCGCGUCGUAGAUUAACACUGUAUGGUAGAAUGUGGAACGGCCAAAGCGCUCAUGUACAGUUUCGUGUAAAAUACAGAGUAAUUCGAGGACUCACGUUACUUAACGCGCUUCAACGCAACGCUCGUGUGUGUGGGAUCCUGACUGAGUUCGUUUAGAAGACCCAUCAGUAGCAUCAGAUGUCAGAAUCUAGAAAUAUAAUUUUUACACCCCAGACUUUGUUUAGCUCUCCUGUCAAUUUCCAUUGCCAACUUUGGGCCAGUUUCUGCACAAUGGUUGACAUAUUUUUGUUCAGAAAGUUUUUCUUUAGUUACACAAAAAGUGUAAAAUUUGAAAUCUUAUUUUUUAUUAUGGAAAACGUAAAUCUAGAAGUUGUCAAUAUACUUGUUUUAUUUUAACAUUUUAUUUUAUCAAGUUAUUUUGUUUAUUAUUUUGUUGGGUUCAUUAUUGGUUCAAAUGUAAAAGUAUUCUGGUGGAUCAUUCAAAUCAGAUGUAAGGAUCAUCAAACAAUGUUUUUCCCCCUUGGAGUAAUAGUGUACAAAAAUAUAAAUCCGUGAGUUCUGUUUCGUAGUCGUUAAUGCAGCUGUUGAAUUUGUUUACAAAAUUAAACAUACAAUUUCCAUUAAAUUCAGUGAAUUUCAUUUCUAGUCGAGAUUGUUUACUGUUUCACCGUUUUAUAAGAUGAGUUACAACUGUGGCUAUGAAUAUUCACUCACACAAGUUUUAACAUUAAACAAAUAAUUUACUUUGUUCUUCACUCUCAGAAGCGUCUUUAAGAAAUUCCUUAUAUAAAUCUCAAAUGCUUAUUUCUGAAGUCAAGAUGGUCAACGCUCUGAUAGAAUGAAAGAAUCGUGUAAGUAUCAUGGUAUUCAUCUGCCUGGAAAUAUCAAUGAUGUGCUAUAGGAUAUUAAUUUUCAGGAAUAAAGAAAUAUUUUAUCCACAAAUUCUGCUUCACAAUUUGAAAACGCCUUUAACCCGUUAAGAAACUAGCGUAAUUAUCACACAAACAUCUAUGUAAAUGACAAUUUUUACCAGAAGUUUAUUUUUGGAAAAGAACUGACGUCUUAAUUUUAUUUCACUAAUUUUAAAUUUAAUAUUACAUACUCUUACAGAUUCACUCUAUUUGGGGUCAAUUAAAAUGCAUCUUGAUGUAUAUAAAAUUUAAUAGGUAAUAAAUAUAUAUAAAUAUAUGUAUCAGAAUAAACGUUUUAUAAUUCUAGGAUACGUAGAAGGUUGAAGAUGAUCAGUUUCUGCCAAUAAACAUAUGAGAAAUUUCAUAUAACUAAGUUGCACUUAUGACAUUUACCCGUGAUUUUUAGGCUGCUACUCAUGCUCUGGUGUUUUGUAGAUAAACGGCCGGCAUCGU